AUGCCCACAACAGAGAAGGAAAUCGCAGCUCCCCCGGUGCGGCAAGAAAAGGCCCCUGCUGGCUCCAUCAAAGAUGCCUCCUCAAGCGACGGCGGCGUCACCAGCGGUCCUGACUCCGAACUCGAAUGGACCGAAGCCGAAGAGACUGCCAUCCGCCACAAGAUUGACUGGCACCUCGUCCCUUGGGUCACACUCCUCUACAUGCUCUGCUUCCUGGACCGCAUCAACAUCGGCAACGCGCGCAUCCAGGGUCUGGCCAAGGACCUCGACCUCGACCGUAACAUGCGGUUUAACUGGGCACUGUCCGUUUUUUACAUCGUCUAUUUACUCGUCGAGGUGCCAAGCAACGUCAUCUUGAAGCGUGUGGGCGGUAGAUGGUAUCUUCCCUUCCUGGUGUGCGGAUUCGGGCUUGUCUCGCUGUGCACUGCGUUCGUGAAGGACUUUGCAGGCUUGAUGACGGCACGCGCGUUCCUGGGUGUGUUUGAGGGCGGCGCCAUGCCGGGUAUGGCAUUUUUCCUGAGCUGCUUUUACAAACGCAACGAGCUGCUCUUCCGCAUGGGUAUAUACGUCUCUGCUGCGUCCAUUGCAGGAGCGUUUGGUGGAUUGUUGGCCACUGCGCUUUCACGUAUUCCCGCUUGGGGAGCGGCAGCUGCGAAGAUCCAUACGUGGAGGAAUAUCUUCUUCUUUGAGGGGCUCGUCACCAUCAUCGUCGGGCUAAUUGCCCCGAUCUGGAUGCCUGCUAGCCCGCACUCGGCGUGGUUCCUGACUGAACGUGAGAGAAAGAUUGCAGCCGAACGUUUGGUACGUGAGCACAAGGCUGAUCCGGCAGAAAAGGUUACCUGGACAGACCUGAGGCGGGCGAUUUUCUGCAUUCACAACUACACGUGUGCGUUUGGCUUCUUCCUUAUCAACAUCACUGUCCAGGGGUUGUCGGUCUUCAUGCCGACGAUUUUGAACGAUCUUGGCUGGUCUAGUACCAAAGCACAGCUGAUGUCUGUCCCUCCGUACGUGGCUGCGUGCUUGGUCGCCAUUGCGGUUGCGUAUGCCAGUGACAAGACACAUCAGCGUGGUAUUUGGCUAGCCUCGUUCUCGUGCCUCGCAAUUAUUGGGUUUGCCAUUCUUCGCUGGGAGACAAAGCCGAAUAUUCGGUACAUGGCUGUUUAUUUUGUCACGGUUGGGGCUUUCCCAGGCGGACCAGGCUUCCUCAGCUGGGCUAUGAACAGCCCCGCCGUCCGAGCCGUCACAUCCGGUUACGUCGUCACUCUGGGCACGAUUGGUGGCAUUGUGGCAACCUGGACCUACACUCGUUCCGAUGCCCCCAAGUACUUCACCGGCCACACCAUCAACCUGGCUGGGCAGAUUGCCACCGUGUGCCUGGCCAUCUUUGGCAUCUUGUACUGCGCCUACGAGAACAGGGCUCGUGCCGCCGGGAAGCGCGAUCACCGGUUGGAGGGACUCACGGAGGAGGAAGCACAGAAGUUAGGGAGCAGGCAUCCUAGGUAUCGGUAUUGGACUUGA